AUGUCAACCGCCAAAAGCAAACUGAAAUCUCGCUCGGGCUGUGCUCGAUGCAAGCAAAGGCGUGUCAAAUGCGACGAGACAGUGCCCAAUUGUUUGAAUUGCCUCCGAGGUGGCGCCAAUUGCCCGGGAUACCGCAGGUCGGUUAAAUGGUCAGGAAAGCACGAGGUUCUCCGAAGUCGAAUUCGAAAUCCGGCAGCGGGAGAUAGCAUGGAACCCUUCUGGAACGUUUUCGAAGAGGAAGCAUCACGACUCCAUGCUGCAUUGGUGGCUGAGGCCGCGUCUCGUGACACGGAGACGGUAUCCUCGUCGCCUGGCAGUAUCGUGAGCGAGCCUGUAGGGAGCAUAUUAAAUCAAGAGCAUGGUAUAUUUGGAACAGGACUUUCUGAGAUAAACGCAACAUCAGAAUUAGUCCCACCUGACGACACCAUGGGUUGGUUGGGAUGGGUAGGCGAGCAGUAUGGUGCCGAGCUUCCCACGACGACAUCUCUCGGCCAUUCUUCUGAUUCAACCGACUACACCCAAUCUUUCGAUAUCGACGUUGAAACUUGUGAACCAAACCCUGAAAAUGAACUCAUACAUGGAAUCAGUCCACCGUCUUACUCGCUAUCAUCGAUCACCUCAAGAGAAGAUUACCUCGCUAGCUAUUAUUUCUCUCUUGUCUGCGUUAUCAACUCCGGUUUCGACUCGCCUCAGAAUCCCUUUCGCAUGGUAGUAGCUAGCAUGAUCUGGACUCAUCCCCUAAUACUGAACUGCAUGCUUUCUAUGUCCGCUGCUCACCUCUACCAGCGACAGAAUGUUUCAUCAACAGAGGCACUCCAGCAUCGCACGACGGCGAUAUCUGCCCUAUCUUCAGAAAUUUCGGAGCCAUCCAGUAAGAAUCAAUCUGGGUCUGAACCGGAUUUUAUAACUGCCCUGUUGGGUACUAUCUUGCUUGGAACAACCUCUUCAUGGCACGAUGCUUCAUCGACCGACACUUCAUUUCUUUUCGGGGCACGUGCUCUGUUAAAGCAAUUGACACUGAAUAGUGAUUCUGCUCCCGAGCGCUCUUUUACUACGGAUGGAUGUCGUUCUUCUCCAACAAUCAGGUUCAUGAUUGGAAUUGUAGCCUAUUGGGAAGCCAUUUCCUCUUUCCAUAUUGACCAAGAGCCAUCGGCAGUUGAUUAUCUCUUUCCCUUCUGCGAUUGGGUACAAUCUCAAGGCUCACAACCACAUCCAUGGACGGGCAUCAGUAUGCCGUUAUUUAUAUACAUGGCCCAAGUCGGAUCUAUCACUCGCCAAGAACGUCUGGUGCACCGCAUUCGCACGGAGCCAUCUUCAGACGAUACCAAACGAACAUUUAGAGCUGCGCUUUUGAGGAGUGCAAAGGCUGUCAUCGGAAAUGUUCAACGAUACAAAAUACCACCAACUGAACAGUUCGAAGAAACGUGUGACACUCAGACGCCAUUGCAGCAUUUUCAGACUAUUGCCCAGAUAUAUCAACUGUCUAUUAUUCUGGAAUUAUACCGAGUAUUUCCUGAAUUAGUGGAGGAUGGAAAAGAUAUCUUAUGUGAUGCAGGGGGCAUACCAAUCGCCGUAUCUACUACAGAAUCACCAAGCCGCAGGUUUGGGGCGCUGGUCGCCCUUGCCAUUAAUAUUUUGUCCCUUUUAUCUUCACUACCGGAAACCUCGGGUACAAGAGCCAUUCAAUUGCCAGCUCUGAUAAUUGCUGGAAGCGCUCUGCAGUAUCUUAAUGAAGAGGAAACGAGCAUUCUCCCGGAAACAGGAAACGUCUAUCAGGGAGUCGCCGCCUUAUUUAGCAACAAAGCUGUUGUUUUGCAUUGGAGAACGGUGGUGAUUGAGAGACUGAAGAUGUUGGACCGCUACGUUGGGCUGGACUCGGUCGAUCGCGGAAUAAAGAUUAUUGAGCAUGUAUGGCUAAAAGCUGACAUUUUGGCCGAGCGGAAGCAGGGGAGCACAGUUCAAAACAUCACCAUGGUUCACUGGGUAGAUGUUAUGUGGGACAUGAAGUUAGAAACUCUUCUUGGAUAG